UGCUCUUGUCUUUCAGUCAAUGGUCGCCACAGCCGUGCGGUUAAGCAUCGGUUAAAGUUUUUUUUAAGAAAAACACAUUCAUUUUCACGGCUCCAUUGUCUCAAUUGGUGUCAGUUAGAUACGUUAGAGGAGAUAUUUAAUCAGUCACUAUCUGAAAAACAAAGAUAAAAAAAUGAGUUCAAGUGCUUGUUACAAAUGCAACCGCAUGGGCCACUUCGCCAGAGAGUGCCCACAGGGAGGUGGUGGUGGUGGAGGUCGAGGUGACCGAAACCAUGAUCGUGACGGUGGAUUCAGCAGAGGUCGUGAAAAGUGCUAUAAGUGCAAUCAAUUUGGACACUUUGCUCGCGAUUGCAAGGAAGAUCACGAUCUUUGUUAUCGAUGCAGCGGCAGUGGACACAUUGCAAAAGACUGUCAACAGGGGCCUGAGAUGUGUUGUUACAUCUGCAACAAAACCGGUCAUAAAGCGCGUAGCUGCCCAGAGGGUGGCAAUGAUUCUGGACGUUUUUCCUCGCCAAAUUGCUACAAUUGCAAUAAGACUGGUCACAUUGCCCGUAAUUGUCCAGAGGCAGGAGGCAAGACAUGCUUUGCUUGCAACAAGCCUGGUCACAUAAGCCGUGAAUGCGAUCAGGAUGACAGGAAGUAGGAGAUAAAUGGAAUCCGUGCCGCUCGCUUAACGAUAAAGCCGUUUACCGUUGCGCGCACCACUACCAGGGAAUUGUAGCUAGGUAGGGAUGUGCGAACAUGUGUCUCGUUGGAUGCGUAUAAUCGCUAAAAAAAGACGCGCGUUUCGUCAUAGUCAUUCGGAUUCCCAAUCUCUCUUCAUGCCCCAAAAAUAACAAAAAAAAUCCUGUAUCACUCCUUCUCCCUUCUCCUCUUUACCCACCGUUGUUUUUUUUCCUUUUACAAUGAUUUAUUUCUUACGAAUAUCUACGUUUUUUUAUCGCUGUUACACCAUCGGACUAUGUGCUUGCAACGUAUAAUUACAAAAAAUUUUUUUUUUGAAAAUGACAACGUUUUAUGGAAAAAAAAGCUUAAUCUGUAAACGUGCACAAAAAAAUAAUUGAAUUAAAAAAGAUUUCCCUGAUGAUUUCUUGUUUGUCAUCUGAUACAAGAUGUAUGGGUUUAUUUUUUUGGACAAGGAAAAAUUGAAAUUGUCAAUUGAAUUUUGAAAUCUUUUUUUAAAUGAAGAAAAUUGUGAAAUAAAUUAUUAUUAUUAUUAAA